AUGAACGAUAAGUCUAAAAAUAUCAAAUUAUUUGUUGGUAAUCUUCCGUACGAUGCAUCGGAAUCAGACUUGCGAGAUCUUCUUGAAGGCUGUGGAAACAUUCGUUUCAUUCUUAUACGAAAGGAUAAACAAACCAAUAAAAGCAAGGGGUAUGCACAUGUGGAGUACCGGCAUGAAAGCGAGGCAGUAGAGGCUUUUAAACGACUCCUAGGCAAAGAGAUACUAGGCAGAGUACUCAAGGUUGAUUUUUGUGACGGUGACGUGCGUAGUCGUUAUCCUGAGUUGGUUAACGCUGCCUCCGUUUUUUCGCAGAAUGGACUAGUGACCCCGGAAUCGCCGAGUACGGUGCCUGUCGAGGAGUCCGCCGUUGAACCGCCUUCCCCUGACAAACCUGGGCCGUGUUCUUACCCUAAUGUGCAGCAGGACCUCGCAGUUUUGUUAGGAGAGUUGUCAGAGAAACGUGAGAGGUCUGAAGAGGAAAUGCUGAUAAGUGAUAAUGGGUCCAUUUGCAACAGCGAGUUGUUUGGUAUAGUGAAGAAUAUGACCAUGCUUGAUGUGUCGAAAACGGUUGAGGUUAUCGAUGAAUUGAUGGCCAAAUCAUUGAUCAACGCGCGUUACAUCUUGCAGUCCAAUCGUAGGAUGGAAACGGCCCUUAUCCAUGCUAAGAUGCUAUUGGGUCACAUUAAUAUGGAAUCAAAGCGAUUGUAUGACGAACGUAAUGAACUUAACGCGGCAUUUGAGUACUUUCGUCUUGAUUAA